AUGACUUAUCCAGACAGUACCAAGACAUUAUCGAGCAAGGGUGUACAGAUUGAAGUGUCAACAACAGCAACUCCAACUACUCCCUUAACGUCUAGGAGUCAACAACAGCAACUCCAACUACUCCCAUUACGUCUAGGAGUCAACAACAGCAACUCCAACUACUCCCUUAACGUCUACGAUUCAACAACAGCAACUCCAACUACUCCCUUAACGUCUAGGAGUCAACAACAGCAACUCCAACUACUCCCAUUACGUCUAGGAGUCAACAACAGCAACUCCAACUACUCCCUUUACUAUUUAACAACAGCAACUCCAACUACUCCCUUAACGUCUAGGAGUCAACAACAGCAACUCCAACUACUCCCUUUACGUCUACGAUUCAACAACAGCAACUCCAACUACUCCCUUAACGUCUACGAUUCAAACAACAGCAACUCCAACUACUCCCUUUACGUCUGCAACUCCAACUACUCCCUUAACGUCUACGAUUCAACAACAGCAACUCCAACUACUCCCUUAACGUCUAGGAGUCAACAACAGCAACUCCAACUACUCCCUUUACGUCUAGGAGUCAACAACAGCAACUCCAACUACUCCCUUUACGUCUACAACUCCAACUACUCCCUCUACGUCCACGAUUCAACAACAGCAACUCCAACUACUCCCUUAACGUCUAGGAGUCAACAACAGCAACUCCAACUACUCCCUUUACGUCUACGAUUCAACAACAGCAACUCCAACUACUCCCUUAACGUCUACGAUUCAACAACAACAACAACUCCAACUACUCCCUUUACGUCUAGGAGUCAACAACAGCAACUCCAACUACUCCCUCUACGUCUACGAUUCAACAACAGCAACUCCAACUACUCCCUUAACGUCUACGAUUCAACAACAGCAACUCCAACUACUCCCUUAACGUCUAGGAGUCAACAACAGCAACUCCAACUACUCCCUUUACGUCUAGGAGUCAACAACAGCAACUCCAACUACUCCCUUAACGUCUACGAUUCAACAACAGCAACUCCAACUACUCCCUUUACGUCUAGGAGUCAACAACAGAAACUCCAACUACUCCCUUUACGUCUAGGAGUCAACAACAGCAACUCAACAACAGCAACUCCAACUACUCCCUUUACGUCUAGGAGUCAACAACAGCAACUCCAACUACAGCAACUCCAACUACUCCCUUUACGUCUACUACUCCAACUAGACCCUUUACGUCUACGAUUCAACAACAGCAACUCCAACUACUCCCUCUACGUCCACGAUUCAACAACAGCAACUCCAACUACUCCCUUAACGUCUAGGAGUCAACAACAGCAACUCCAACUACUCCCUUUACGUCUACGAUUCAACAACAGCAACUCCAACUACUCCCUUAACGUCUACGAUUCAACAACAGCAACUCCAACUACUCCCUUAACGUCUAGGAGUCAACAACAGCAACUCCAACUACUCCCUUUACGUCUACGAUUCAACAACAGCAACUCCAACUACUCCCUUAACGUCUACGAUUCAACAACAGCAACUCCAACUACUCCCUUUACGUCUGGAGUCAACAACAGCAACUCCAACUACUCCCUUAACGUCUACGAUUCAACAACAGCAACUCCAACUACUCCCUUUACGUCUAGGAGUCAACAACAGCAACUCCAACUACUCCCAUUACGUCUAGGAGUCAACAACAGCAACUCCAACUACUCCCUUAACGUCUAG